AUGAAGGUUCUUCCCAUUAAUCCGAGGUCCUCAAGUCGCCAAAACCCAGGGCUGCUGCGCUCAGGGAAAGCAGUUCACCAAGUUUUUCCCGGCAUGGGGUGGGGGUCGGGCCCGGAGGUUUGUGAGCCGCCCUUCCCUGAGCUCACCCUCCAUGGAGUCGGGGCUGGCCGGGGUCUUCGGGCCCUGCCGCGGCUCCGAGGGCGAAGCUCGGCUAGGGCCUCGCGGGCGGCUGCCACGGCCCUGCGCGCCCCCGGCCGACCGGCCGUGAGCCCCGCCCCCACUCGCGCGCGCCGCCUGACUGGCCGUGCGCGCCCCGCCCCCCCCGUGCGCGCCGCCGGGGCCGCGGGGUGGGGCGAAGAGGCGCGCCGGGAGACCCCCGGACUGUCGUCCCGGUUCGCUCUGCCGCCGCGCCCGGCGCCGAGGCCCGACCUUGCGCCUCUCCUCCUCCGCCGAGAACAAAUUACAUCCCAGGAAAUUGCGGAGAGGAGCGGCGAAAGCAAAGCCCGCCAGAUCUGUCUCCAUCCCGAAAACAGGGUAUGCUGCUCAGAAGGCAGGAGUGGGACCUUUCCUUAUGAUAAGGCCUCUGACUUCAGUGAUGCGGGAGAUACUCUUGCCCUUGUCACAGAGCUGAUGUCCACCUGGGCCAGGAGGUGGAAGUCCCAGAAGCUCAAGAACUCCAGCUGGAGCUGAAAGAGUUACGGGUCCAGCUACUGCCUCACACCAAGGUGGGUAGCAGAUCUGCAGCAAUGCUAAUGACCUACAACUACAUGUGACUCUCUACAAGCCAAGUAGAAAGGUACAACCAAAAGUCAAGGUAUACUUCUGAGUAUAACUAAACAUGGCUGCUGCAUGUCAAGCCCCACACAAGGGUCCUGUGCCCACAUAAGAAAGGAAAUUCUAGCCAUAAGCUUAACUAAGUUAAUAUAGUAUAAACCACUACACCCUAUUUAUUUGGUACCUCUCUUCUCAAAGUUUACAAUGGCACCUAAAAAGGUCCAUGUAGUUUGCUCCUCAGGAAUAAAGUUACGAAGGAUGUGCUUUUCAUACUAAAUAGAUACCAAGGUACCAACUAUAGGUCAUACAAAAUAGAUCAUUAUUCUCUCUCCUUUAGGGCACUUACCACUUUCUGUCUUGAGGUAAUAUUUAUCUAAGACUUUCUCUGCCCUAAUAGACUGUAAAUUCCCUGGGCAGGAUGCUUGUCUCAAUAUUCAAGUAUCCCUCACAAAUGCUUAAUACAAUACCUGCCACCCAGUUUUCAAUAAAUAGUUCAGUUCUUCCUUCCUGGAUAAUAGCGUUAAACGCUUUUCAUGGGCUAAAUUGGCAUCUGCAUAUCCCCUUCAUUGAAGUGACUUUUCAUGUCUCCUGCUCAUUUUCUAACUGGAUUUUUUAUUAUUGAGUUUUGAGAGUUUUUGUACAGGUUAGAUCUUUUGUUAUCAUCUCACAGGUCCCUAAGGCUCUGUUCCUUUUUCUCAGUCUCUUUUCUUCCUGUUGUUCUGAUUGCCUCAUUUCUGCUGUUCUGCCUUUCAGUUCGCUGAUUCUUUCCUUUCUCCAUUCCAUUCUGCUGCUGAGCCGAUCCACUGAGUUUUAAAUUUUGGUUAUCACAUUAUUAAGUUCU